AUGGCCGUCCCACCCAUUGCAAAGGCUACCUUACAGGCGGCGCUGAUCAGUGCUGGUUCCAACGUUUUGGCCCAGGGUAUCAAAUCAUAUCGAGCCGAUAGGUCUGAUUUGCGGAACCAGAUCCCCUUUGAACUUGACGUUGAGUCUCUAACUCAGUUCGCCACGUGCGCCAUCGUGAUCUCUCCUUUGGGUUAUCUGUGGCUUGGAGGGCUGGAAGCCUGGUUCCCUGGUCGGGAGUCAAAGGGAGAGAAAGGAAAAGGCGGACAAAGCACCUCGGAGCCUAGUUUGAAUGCCACAAACACGGUCGCAAAGAUCGUGAUUGAUCAGACUAUUGGUGGUGCUUGGAACACGGUUCUUUUCAUCACUACUAUGGGCAUGUUGCGCGGGAUGGGAUACGACGCUAUCCUUGCGGAAAUUCAGGAGGACUUUUGGUCAAUCAUGUUUGCUGGGUUGAAAUUCUGGCCUUUGGUAUCGAUUCUCAAUUUCGCCGUGGUGCCCGCUAACAGACGGAUGCUGGUCGGAAACCUUUUUGGUGUCCUGUGGGGGAUCUAUCUUAGCCUAUUGUCUGGGUGA